AUGACUUCCAUAAGAGAAGAUAUGGUGCUCAGUGCGGUUGAGUUUCUUCAAAAUCCAACGAUUGCGGAUGCUCCUCUAGCGAAGAAGAUCGAGUUCAUCGAGAGCAAGGGUCUUACCGAGGAUGAAGUACAAGAGGCCCUUCUGAGGGCAAAAGGUGGAAACACCCAAGUCUCUGGUGAUCAUGGUGUAAGUACUCCUACUGUUCAAUCGCUGGGGAAUUUUUCUUCUGUGCAGGGUGUAAACGGCUAUAGUGGUGUACCAGAAUACUACUACAACGCGCCGCCUCUCCCAGAGCGCGACUGGAAGGACUACUUUAUAAUGGCCACUGCCACUGCCGGAGUUUCGUUUGGGAUUUAUCAAAUAGUCAAAAGAUAUGUUCUUCCGAAGAUUCUGCCACCCUCACAAUCGGAAAUCGAAAAGGAUAAAGAGAGUGUUGAUCAGGAGUUUGCACGAGUUGAGGCCAUGUUGAAACGGUUCGAAGAGGAACAGAGAAAGUUUUAUGAGGAUCAGGCUGCAAAGUCAUCAAAGAUAGAUGAAUCACUAGCGGAUAUUGAGGAAGUGAUCAGCAGAACAAACGAGAAGAACUUGAGCAAUGAGGAGACUCUUAAGUAUAUGAAGUUGGAGAUUGAAAGCAUAAAAACCACAGUGAUCAAGAACUUGGAGAGUCAGAAGGCCACUAUUUCUAGCGAGUUGAACUCCCUGGAUCGUGAAUUUGCAAAUCUGAAGAGGACUAUGUUGACUGAGAUCAACAACAGAAGAAAGACAGUGCCCUCUGGGACGGCGGAUUCGACGCUAUUGGUGGAUCAGGCUAACCCAGUCGCCAGUUCUGUUCCCGUGAGACCUUCCAUUCCACCUGCAUCUGUGGUGCCAUCUGCGAAAGACAUUUUUCAGCGUGAGAAGUCGUUAGAUACAGAUGGUGUUUCCAAUGUGAGUGCGGUCUCGAGCCCUAACUCCAUGUCUAACUCUCUGUCAAACUCCAACCAAUCGAUUAGCACGUCGUCGUUGCCGAAAAGCUCGUCUGGGAUACCAGCAUGGCAACUGUCGGCUAGUUGA